AUGGUCAUUUUCAACCUGAGCAGUUAUCACCCAGGACCCUUCAUUCUAGUGGGCAUCCCAGGCCUGGAGAAAUUCCAUAUGUGGAUUGGGAUUCCUUUCUGUGUCAUCUACCUUGUGGCUGUGGCUGGAAACUGCAUCCUUCUCUACCUCAUUGCAGUGGAGCGCAGCCUUCAUGAACCUAUGUUCUUCUUUCUCUCCAUGCUGGCCAUGACUGACCUAAUCUUGUCGACAGCUGGUGUGCCUAAAACACUCAGUAUCUUUUGGCUUAGGGCUCAUGAAAUUACCUUCCCAGGAUGCCUUACACAAAUGUUCUUCCUUCACUACAGCUUUGUCCUGGAUUCAGCCAUCUUGAUGGCCAUGGCGUUUGACCGCUAUGUGGCCAUCUGCUCCCCCUUGAGAUACACCACCAUCUUGACCUCAAAGACCAUCUUGAAAAUUAUUGUAGGCAUCUCUUUCAGAAGCUUCUGCAUCAUUUUGCCAGAUGUGUUCUUGCUAACACGCCUACCUUUCUGCCAGACACGCAUCCUUCCCCACACAUACUGUGAGCAUAUAGGUGUUGCUCGGCUUGCCUGUGCUAAUAUCUCCAUCAACAUCUGGUAUGGCUUUUACUGGGAGAUAUUUGAGUGCAUCUAA